AUGGCGGAAUCGUUUCUAUUCAGCUUAUCAACGAACCUUUUGAUCAAGUUAAGCUCCCUUGCCUCCAAAGAACAUAGCUCGUCUUCGGGUACUCUCGAACCCGAUUUGAGAAAGCUAGAAGCAACCUUGUCCACCAUCAAAGCUGUGCUUUUGGAUGCCGAGGAACAACAAACGCAUAACCACGAGCUCCGUUUCUGGCUCUGGAAGCUCAAAUACGUCCUUUACGAUGCGGAGGACGUGUUGGAUGAAUUCGAGUACGAAGCUUCGAGGAGGCAAGUGGAGAAGCCAAAGGUAAGCUCCUUCUUCUCAAGCUUUCAGUCCAAAUUGAGUCCUAAAAUCAAGGAGAUUAGGAAGAGACUAGAUGAGAUUGAAGCUAGUGUGUCUAAAUUUAAUCUUAACGAGCGUACUGACGUUAGACGAGUCUUUUCAAGGAACUCGUUUGACAAUGCCAAUGAUGUUCUUGGUAGGGAGGGUGAUAAAGAAAACAUGGUAAACCUUUUGAUGCAACCAUGUGAUCCGGUUGAAAGUUUCUCGGUCAUUCCUGUAGUUGGAAUCCGAGGUAUCGGAAAGAGUACACUUGCGAAAAUGGUGUAUAAUGACGGAAGGGUGGAUAAACACUUCGAACUAAGGAUGUGGGUGUGUGUAUCUGAUGACUUCGACGUCAGUAAAUUGAUGAAAGAAGUGUCCACUUCUGCAAAUGGGAAGAAGUUUUUUCUUGUCUUAGAUGAUGUACGGUCUGAAAGUCAUGUUAAUUGGAAUGAUUUGAGGGAAUUAUUGUUGGAUUGUGCUAGUGGAAGUAAAAUUAUGGUUACUACAUGUAGUAACCAAGUUGCCUCGACAAUGGGCUCUGUUCCUGCGUAUGUCUUGAAAGGUCUUUCCCAUGAGGAUUCUAUGUCGUUGUUUGUGAAAUGGGCGUUUAGAGAAGGGGUGGAGAAAAAUUAUCCAAACCUCGUUAAAAUUGGAGACGAAAUUGUGAGAAAUUGUGGAGGGAUUCCUUUGGUAGUGAGAACUUUAGGGAGUGUGCUUUAUCAGAAUACGUAUAAACAUGAUUGGUUGUUGAUAAAAGAUUCUGACAGAUUGAGGCUACUAGAACAAGGGAAAGGUGACAUCCUACCGUCCUUGAAACUAUGUUAUGAUCAUCUGCCAUGUCACUUGCAACGGUGUUUUGCUUAUUGUUCAUUGUUUCCAAAGGGUUACCGUUUUGACAGUAAUUAUCAGGUUCAUUACUGGAUGGCGCUCGGUUAUCUUGCAUCCCCUAAUGAAAACGAAGAGCUGGAAGAUGUUGGGUUGCGGUACUUGAAGGAGUUAUUUUCAAGGUGUUUCUUUCAGGAUAUUGAAGAUAAUGGUUAUUGCCUGACCUUUAAAAUGCAUGACCUUAUGCACGAUCUUGCAAUAUCCGUGACGUCAAGAGAAUGCUCCAGGGAUAAUCCAGCACCCAAGCAUAUUGCCCAAAUUGUUCGACAUUUUUCAUUUAUUGACACUCAACAUUCUGAGAAAGUUGCAGAACUCUUGAAGAGCUUAAGAGCUACACGGACCACUCUUUUUCCGAGUUUACAAUCCAAGAAUGUUACUCAAUCCUUCGUUGGCAGUGAAAGCUAUUCAGAACUGAAUCCAACUGAGCCACAAGUCAAGUUCCCUAGUGAAGAAGUGCGAAUGAAACUUUCUGUGGCUGGUUGGGGUCAACAAGAAGUGAGAACAGCUUCUUUGAUGUUAAUAUGUUGUUAUGGGAAUUCUAAUCUUAUUGAGGAUCAAUCUUGCUCCAGUAUACAGCAGGCAUCAUGUAGCUUCACUCCAGAAGUUUCACCAUUCUCUUGCUCAGGAAGGGAAAGCUUUUCAGGACUGAACCAAAGUAAGCAACAGAGGGAUCAGGUUCAUUCUGAUGACUUCAGGAUUAAACUGACUAAUUUGAAGCGGCAGGAACAAAACAGAAAUGCUUUGAAAGACAAGUUAGUCAUAAUCCGGGUUGCCAAAAAUUGCUCAAAUUUGUAA